AUGAAGUACCCUUUGGUGCCGCUGGUAAACGACCUCACCUUUUCUUUCCUGGUUUCCUGGCUGUGCCUCCCUGUGGGUUUGCUGUUAUCCUUGCUGAUCAUCUGGCUACGCUUCUUACUUAAGCAAGAUUCGGAGGGAAAUGACUCAGGUUUGUGUUUGGAUUGGGAGCCCUGGAGCAAAGGCCCAGGCAAGGUUCACUGGAAGGGGGCCCAGCCCAGCCCAGAGGAAGAGCAGCUCUGCAGGAGUAGGCUCGGGGAAGGUGGUCAGGGGAUCACCUGCAUAGCCCCAGUCUGCAUGUUCGAGCCCAUGACGGCCACCUGA